UUCAUUUCUUAGCCCAAGAGUCAUUUAGCCAUUUCCAAUGGAUGAAUCGAAAAAGGUACAAAUCCAAGAAAAGAAAAUCCAUCAUUUGGUUAUUUUGCCACUCCCAUUUCAAGGACACAUCAAUCCCAUGCUUCAACUGGGAACUAUCUUACACUCCAAAGGAUUCUCAAUCACGGUAAUUCAUACUCACUCCAACUCUCCUAAUCCAUCCAACUUCCCGAACUUCAACUUUGAGCCCAUUCCCGACGGCUUAUCAGACCAUCGGCUUUGGACUGAGGACCCCUUAACCCUUGUGUCCAUCCUCAACGACACAUGCCAAGCACCGUUCCAUGAUCGUUUGUCCCGAUUGAUAUCGGACAGCCAGCAUGGCCCGGUUACAUGCAUCAUCACCGAUGAGCUUUUUCACUUCACUAAAGCCGUUGCCGAUCAGUUGAAGCUCCCAAGAAUUUUGUUAGGCACCAGUAGUGCCGCAUGUUAUGCCACCAUGUCGUCUUUGGACUUUCUACAACAAAAUGGACUUCUUUCCAUCACAGAUUGUCAGCCAGAUUCACUUAUUCCUGAGAUUCCGCCGCUGAGGAUCAAGGACAUUCCAGACUUCAGCACGACGGAUCCUGAUACGUUUGAGCGCUUGUGGACCAAUAUGAAGAAUGCAACAAUGUCCUCUUUGGGUUACAUCAUGAACACAUUCGAUGGUCUUGAAUCAACUGCACUGAAAAAAGUUAGAGAAGAUCGUCAUCCCAUUCCACUCAUUGCCAUGGGACCACUCUACAAAUUCUCACAGGGAGCAUCAAACAGCUUACUAACACAAGACUACAGCUGCAUGGCAUGGCUAGAUAAGCAAGUGCCACAGUCCGUCAUUUACAUCAGCUUUGGGAGCUCAGCUUCCAUUGAUAAAACACACAUGGAGGAGAUUGCUUGGGGUCUAGCCAAUAGUGACCAGCCUUUCUUGUGGGUUCUCCGGCCUGGCUCCAUCAGUGGCCAUGAUUGGGUCGAACUACCAGAAGGGUUUGAAGAGAAGACACGGGAGAGAGGGCAGAUAAUUAAGUGGGCCCCACAACCAGAAGUUCUGGCGCACCCAUCAGUGGGAGGAUUUUGGACACACAAUGGUUGGAAUUCUACGUUGGAGAGCAUAUGUGAAGGGGUCCCCAUGUUAUGUUCUCCUUAUUUAUGGGACCAAAAGGUGAAUGCUAGGUAUGUGAGCCAUGUUUGGAGGGUGGGAAUGCAACUUGAGAAUGGGUUCGAGAGAGGUGAGAUAGAGUGGGCCAUAAGAAGAUUGAUGGUGGAGAUUGAAGGAGAGGAGAUGAGAGAGAGAGUACAUGAUCUAAAGGAAAAUGCAAUGCAUUGUUUAGAGAAAGGAGGCUCUUCAUAUGAGUCAUUAGAGAGUUUGGUUGAUUUUAUCAUGUCAUUGUAAUGCCUCUUCUCUUAUCAUAUUUCAUUUGUAUUUUCAUUCAAUGGCAAGCUACAACAAGAUGUAUGUGAUCAAAUAGGCCUUUGUUUCAGUGUAACUAUAUAUAUUCCUUUGAUGUUAAAUAGUGCACUGAUUGAAAUUUA